AUGCAGUCCGAUACCAAAGAGAUCAAGAGUCUGCCCAUGGACUACAGGGAAAAUGCAAAGGACUUGGCUGCCGGUGCAGCAGGUGGAGUGGCUCAAGUCCUGAUAGGUCAACCCUUUGACAUUGUCAAGGUCCGGCUACAGACUCAGUUUGGAGGAAGUGCCUUGACUGCUGCACGAAACAUCUACGCCCAGGAGGGAGCCCGCUCCUUCUACAAGGGGACAUUGGUGCCGCUCCUAGGCGUUGGGGCUUGUGUCAGUAUACAGUUCGGUGCAUUCCAUGGAUUCAGACAACUCAUAGAAUCCUAUAAUUAUCGAAAUGGUCACACCAAAGAUCCAGGUCUGUCUUUGCCUCAAUUCUAUCUCGCAGGCGGUGCUGCAGGAGUGACGAACAGCCUCAUUUCGGGCCCGGUUGAGCACAUCCGCAUCCGUCUCCAAACGCAACCACAUGGUGAUGCCCAGCUCUACUCCGGCCCAUGGGACUGUGCUCGGAAGAUCAUCCGCCUUGAGGGCCCUGCUGGCUUAUAUCGAGGUCAGGUUGUGACACUGCUCCGAGAAUUUCACGGAUACGGCGUUUGGUUCGCUGCGUACGAAGGCCUCUUGGGAUUCCUGCAACAUCAUGAGCAGAAGAAACGCGAGGAGCUACCCAACUGGCAGAUUGCCAUCUGCGGUGGACUGGCUGGUGAAGCUCUUUGGCUGUUGAGUCAUCCUCUAGAUGUGAUUAAGAGUAAGAUGCAGAGCGAUGGUUUCGGUCCUAAUCAGAAGUACCAUAACAUGAGACAUGCCUUCAAGGAGACUUGGGUGACUGGGGGUAUCAGAGGGCUCUUUCAGGGCCUGGGACCGGCUUUGUUGCGAGCAAUGCCAGUGUCGGCGGGUACAUUCGCAACUGUCGAGCUGGUCCGUAAAUUGCUGGUCUAG